AUGGCGCUGCAGCUCUCGCAGGUCGAUGUCCGCGGCCUCGAGGCCUCUGCGUACGUCAGACCGGCAGCCGCAGCGGUGUUGGAGGCAAAAAUGCAAGCAAUGCCACAGUGGCACACAUCGCGCGUAGCACGCACGGGGGGCCGCAUUGAAGAGCCGCUCAGAUGCGCCUCCGACGUGGCAAUCAGUUAUGAGUACGCUUUCAUGGCUGAGGGCGAGACUGCGUGCAGUGCGGAUAUCUCGAGUGAGCAGAUGGAAAGGCGUGCAAAGAGCGCCUACAGUGGCGAGCUGUCGGGCUGCACAAUGAGCGGGGCUGGCCGGCUCGAGUGGCCGGGCGGAACCGUCUAUGAGGGCGACUUUGCUAAGAACACGCCAGAGGGGGAGGGCGCCUUCACGUGGCCCGACCAAAGCCGGUACGCGGGUGCGGUCUCGGCGGGCAGGCGGCACGGGCGCGGUGAGUAUGUGGCGAGCGACGGCGCGCGGUAUGAGGGCGAGUGGCGCAACGGGCUGCGGCACGGCACCGGCCGUCUCACAUACGCCUGCGGCGCUAUGUACGAGGGGAAGUGGUUGGACGGCAGGAGGGAAGGGGAGGGGACGAUGGCGUAUGCGAGCAGCAACGUGUACCGCGGGCAGUGGAAGGCCAGCUGCCGCAGAGAUGCCGUUGAGAGAGCGGAUGCCAAGUGCGGCCAAGGCACUAUGGAAUGGACCUCAUCCGCCGAGCGGUACACGGGCGAAGCGUCCGGUGUCGCGGUGUGA